UUUAAGUGAGGCACUGAAGAUUUGGUCACCUAUUGAACAGGACGCUCACAAACACACCAUUCAUCAACUUGUUCCUUAUAUUGCCAGGUUUCAUUUCUGCCGAAUUUCUCAUAUUGGACGUGGUGACAACGUGUUUUACUAAUACUUUGUGCAAUUCGUUCCUAAAGUGCUGAACCUCUAAGGGAAAUGGACUUCUGUGAACACAAUUGACUGGACCAGUGACUCCUCAGAUGCAAUAAGUGCAAUAGUUGUAAAGUGGCAUAUUGAUAUUCUAAUAAAUUCACCUUUGAGUGAGAGGUGAAUAAUAAAUGCACUCGAUCGGAUUUUGGCUUAGCAGUCAGUAAUACAUAAACUACAUUGAAUUGAGACAAACUGCGACAACAAUGGCUCCACAACUCCAACCAGAUAUUAUGCUAAAUGCAUUCCAAAGGGCAAUCCACCCCCUCAAUAAUUGGUAUUCCGUACUCGUAUUUGGAAUUCUGGGGACCAUCUCUAGCGUCAUAAUGACUUAUCAUGGUCUGGACUCCAUGCGGGAUAGAUUUCAAGCAGAAUUUUAUGACACGGAGGACACUUUUGAUUUUAUCGUUGUCGGGGCUGGCAGCGCGGGUGCGGUGGUCGCCAAUAGGUUAUCCGAAAAUUAUAAAGUUCUAGUCCUUGAAUCUGGGGGUGAGCCAAACCCCUUGACGAAUAUUCCAGCCUUAGCUCUUCUCGUUCUUAAUUACCCGCACAUUGAUUGGAGAUUUUUCACUCAACCGCAACCAGAAGCAUGUCUUGGAAUGAAUAAUGGGGGUUGUUUCUGGCCACGUGGAAAGGCACUGGGUGGAAGUAGCAACCUUAACUUCUUAAUUUAUAUGAGGGGCCAUCCAGAAGAUUUUAAACAAUGGGCAAGAAUCACUGGGGAUCCAAGAUGGGGAUAUGAAAGCGUGUUGGAAUUUUUUAAGAAGUCUGAAGACUACGUGGGUCAAUGGGACGAUCCUAAAUAUCACGGUCACGGUGGUCUCUUGUCCGUCACCAAAGCUCCCUAUCAAGGACUUGCUGAGUAUUGGAUUAAGGCCGCCAAAGAACACGGAUACAACGCAACAGAUCUCAAUGCCAGAUAUACCGAGGGGUUUUCUCCAAUUUACUAUACUCAAAAACAUGGACGUCGUUACGGAACGUAUAGAGCUUUCCUCGAACCAGCGAGAAGUCGAAAGAAUUUGUUUAUUUACAAAUACUCGGAUGUACAAAAGGUUUUAUUCCGUGGGAAAUCACCCGACUUGGAAGCUUAUGGGGUCGAAUAUGUUCGUCAUGGGGUUAGAAAGCGUGCCUUUGCUAAGAAGGAAGUUAUCGUUUCUGCUGGCACUGUUAUGUCUCCGCACCUUUUGAUGCAUUCUGGAAUUGGGCCACGAAAACAGUUGGAAGAGAAUCAGAUAAAAGUAUUAGUUGACAGUCCUGGAGUUGGAGAAAAUUUGCAAGAUCAUAUUAGUGGUUUCGUCGGCCCCUUUAUCCUGGAUAGCCCAAGAACCAUGUUAUUUGAUCGAGAUAUCAACGCUCAGUCUGUGAUGGAGUUUGUCCAGUCUGGAACAGGAGCCUUGUCUUCGACUGGAACGCAGGCGUCAGCUUUCCUAGUCUCCUCCUAUGCCAAAGCCACGAAAAAUGAGUCACAUUGGCCGGACAUACAAUGGAUCCUUUUAGGAACAGGGAUUUAUGCAAGAAUGGACGAUGACUUUGCCCAUUCGUUCAACUUUCCCAAAGAAACGAUGAGAAAGUGGAUGGGAGAUCACAAAGGAAAAGAUGCCUUCUUUGUCAUUAACAUGCUUAGCAGACCAAAGUCGAGAGGAAAAAUUGUUUUGGGCGGCCCUGAUCCAAGUGCUUAUCCAUUGAUCCAUGCUGGCUACCUUAAGCACCCAGAUGAUGUCAAAGUGUUGAUUGAAGGUGCCAAACGAACUACGGAUUUGGUGAUGAAUUCCAAAACUUUCAAAGACAUGGACAUUAAAUUACCCCCAACGCAUUUCCCCGGCUGUGAACAACACGCGUUUGGCAGUGAUAUUUAUUGGGAAUGUUUCCAUCGUCAUUGUUCCUUGACUGUGUACCAUCACGUUGGGACUUGCGCAAUGGGAAAGAAAGACGACAAAAAUGCUGUCGUUGACUCUGAGCUUAAAGUUUUCGGCACUAAAAACUUACGCGUAAUCGAUGCUAGUGUGAUGCCAAUUAUCAGCAAUGGUAACACCAACGCCCCGACCAUAAUGAUUGGCGAGAUGGGAUCCAAUUUCAUUAAAGAGGCCUGGGCGACAACAAAGUCAAAUGAGAUUAUUCGUUAAGAAAACGAAUGAAUUAACUGUUUUUUUUAUAUUGAACUUGUAAAUGUUGACAAUUUAGACACUACUGUUCCCGAUAUUGCUCAGUAUUUCUAUUACUUUAAUAACGCGAUUAAUUUAUAUACUAGCUGAAACAAAUUAGUUUGUAUUUUUUAUAUGCAACACGCCAAUGAGUUUUUAGUGAUAACUAAUGCAAUGCAACAUAAUUUUUGUGCUUCGUUUCUUCCGAACAUUAAUGUGAUAUAGGCAUACAUAGUUAAACUGGACUAAUAAAUGUAUGACCAUGCGGAGUAUAAGAUGAAAAUCGAUGGAAAAUAAAAAUAUUAACGUGCAAAAAUA